AUGCAAUCAACCGGCAUUUUCGGUGACCCGACCUCCGAACUUACUUAUUUUGGUAAGACCCUCCGGGAGCAUUCCCCUCAAGGGCCAUUCAAUGGCACUGCGAGCAAUGGCAUUGAGAUGGUAAUAAUGGAUGCCCACAAUGAGGCCCUCAUUAUUCGUUCUUUCCUAGAUCUCACCCUCCAAGUCUCCGGGCUCUCAGCGGCUUGCGCAGUGCGCGUGAGCAAUGGAGCGCAGUUCUGCUCAACAGUAGCGGGUCUCUGA